CCGCCCACACGCCCGCCCUGUGCCUCUCUCCUGGAGCUCACUCCCCGCGCCAGCCGCCCUGCCCUGGACAGCGUGCUCGCCGGCCGCCCCCAACCAUGGCAGGGCCCCAGGGCCGCCUCCUGCUCUGCUUUCUGGCCUUCCGCCUAGCGGGCUCCAGCUUCGUCAGGGGGCAGGUGUGGUCCAGACGCUGUGAUGUGAAGACCAAGUCUGUCACUCGCACGCCCUGCACCACGUGCCCUGCCAUCAAGAAGCAGGUGUGUCCCCUAGGCUGGCUUCGGGAGUUCCCAGAGAAGAUAUCACAGGACUGCCGCUAUGAGGUGCAGCUGGGGGACUCUGUGGUGUCCAUGAGCGGCUGCAGCCUGGAGUGCUGGAAGGACAUGGUGCAAAAGGCCUGCUGCCCGGGCUACUGGGGGUCCCAGUGCUACGAGUGCCCUGGGGGUGCUGAGACCCCAUGCAAUGGCCGUGGAACCUGCCUGGAUGGGAUUGACAGGAACGGGACCUGCGUGUGCCAGGAACACUUCAGUGGGUCCGCCUGCCAGGAGUGCCGAGACCCCAGCCGGUUCGGGCCUGACUGCCGGUCUGCAUGCAGCUGUGUGCAUGGCAUAUGUAGCCGUGGGCCACUUGGGGACGGAAGCUGUCUGUGUUUUGCUGGGUACACUGGACCCCGCUGUGAACAAGAGCUGCCCGUCUGCCAGGCCCUGCACUGUCCCCAGGGCUCCCAGUGCUCUUCAGAGGCCCCCGCCUGCCGCUGCCUGCCUGGCUACGUCCAGCAGGGCGGUGAAUGCCGAGCCCCUGACCCCUGCCGGCCCUCACCCUGCUCCCCACUGGCCCGAUGCCUGGCGAGCCCCAGGGGGCAGGCGCAGUGUCGCUGUCCCGAGAACUACCAUGGUGAUGGGACAGUGUGCCUGCCCCUGGACCCGUGCACCUCCAACCACGGUGGCUGCCCCAGCGACUCCACGCUGUGUCUGUACCAGAGGCCAGGGAAGGCCUCCUGCUCAUGUAAGCCUGGCCUGGUCAACAAGAACUACAAUGCCUCCGCCGGCUGCUCUGCCUACUGCUUCCCCCACUCCUGCGACCGGUCAGCCACCUGCCAGGUGAUGCCUGAUGGGAAGACCAGCUGUGUGUGCAAGGAGGGUGAGGUGGGGGAUGGGCGCGCCUGCUACGGACACCUGCUCCAUGAGAUACGGAAAGCCGACCAGAUGGGCAUGAUGUUCCUGCGGCAGAGACUCAACCUGGCCAUGCUGGAGCAGGGCUGCCGGGAGAUCCUCACCACAUCAGGCCCAUUCACUGUGCUGGUGCCGUCCAACUCCUACAGCUCCUCCAGGACCACUAAUGCGUCCCUUGCCCGGCAGCUCUGCAGACAGCACAUUGUCGCAGGACAGCACGUGCUGGAUGAAUCCAGGUCCCAGCAGUCAGUCAGGUGGUGGACACUGGCCGGCCAGGAGGUCACCAUUGCUUUCCACCGCUACAUGAAAUACACUUUCAAGGACAAAGACCCAGCUCAGGAGACAGUCGCUGUCUACAAGGCUAACUACCCGGCAGCCAACGGCGUCUUCCAUGUGGUCACCACCCUUCGGUGGCAGCCCCCAUCGGAGCUCCCUGAGGACUCCACGAGAACCAUUGGCCAGAUCCUCGCCUCCACUGAGGCCUUCAGCCGCUUUGAAACCAUCCUGGAGAACUGCGGGUCACCCUCCAUCCUGGACGGGCCGGGGCCCUUCACGGUCUUCGUCCCGAGCAAUGAGGCUGUGGACCGGCUGCGGGAUGGCCGUCUAAUCUACCUCUUCACAGCGGGUCUCUCCAAACUGCAGGAGCUGGUGAGGCACCACAUCUACAGCCGCAGCCAGCUGACCGUUGAGAAGCUCAUCUCCAAGGGUCGGGUCGUCUCCAUGGCGAACCAGGUCAUAGCUGUGAAUGUCACCGAGGAGGGCCGUGUCCUGCUGGGACCUGACGGUGUCCCGCUGUGGAGGGUGGACCUGCUGGCCUCCAACGGCGUGAUCCACAUGCUGGACGGUGUCCUGCUGCCCCCGACCAUCCUGCCCAUCCUGCCCAAGCUCUGCGGCGAGGAGCAGCACCAGGUCGUGGCGGGCUCCUGCGUGGACUGCCAAGCCCUGAGCACCAGCACGUGUCCCCCUGGCAGCGUGAAGCUGGACAUCUUCCCUGAGGAGUGUGUCUAUGUCCAUGACCCUGCUGGCCUCAAUGUCCUGAAGAAGGGCUGCGCCCACCACUGCAACCAGACCAUCCUGAAGCCAGGCUGCUGCCGGGGGUUUUUUGGGCCUGACUGUGCGCAGUGUCCUGGGGGCUUCUCCAACCCCUGCUACGGCAAAGGCAACUGCAGUGAUGGGGUCCAGGGCAAUGGGGCCUGCCUCUGCUUCCCGGACUUCAAGGGCAUUGCCUGCCACAUCUGCUCCAACCCCAAGAAGCAUGGAGACAAGUGCCAGGAAGACUGCGGCUGUGUCCACGGCAUUUGUGACAACCGCCCGGGCAGUGGCGGCGUGUGCCAGCGGGGCACAUGUGCCCCAGGCUUCAGCGGCCCCUUCUGCAAUGAGUCUGUGGAGACCUGUGGGCCCACAGAGCUGGCCCAGCGCUGCCACCCACACGCCCGCUGUGUCAGCCAGGGGGGCGCCAGCAGGUGUCUCUGUCUCGAUGGCUUUGAGGGUGAUGGCUUCUCCUGUACACCCAGCAACCCCUGCUCCCGCCCAGACCGUGGUGGCUGUGCAGAGAACGCCGAGUGUGUCCCCGGAGCCCUGGGCACCCCCCACUGCAUGUGCCACAAAGGCUGGAGUGGAGAUGGCCGUGUCUGCGUGGCCAUCGAUGAGUGUGAGCUGGAUGCAAGAGGCGGCUGCCACGCUGAUGCCCUCUGCAGCUACGUGGGCCCUGGGCAGAGCCGGUGCACCUGCAAGCUGGGGUUCGCAGGAGACGGCUACGUCUGCAGUCCCAUUGACCCCUGCCGGGCAGGAAACGGCGGCUGCCAUGACCUGGCUACCUGCCAGGUGGUGGGGGGAGGUCAGCGGGUCUGCACAUGCCCUCCUGGCUAUGGGGGUGAUGGCUUCAGCUGCUACGGAGACGUCUUCCAGGAGCUGGAGGCACAUGCCCACUUCUCCGUCUUCUACAAGUGGAUCAAGGGUGCUGGUGUCACUCUUCCUGCCGGCAGCCGAGUCACAGCCCUGGUGCCCUCUGAGUCCGCCAUCCGCAAGCUGAGCCCUGAUGACCAGGCCUUCUGGCUGCGGCCGAAGAUGCUGCCACAGCUGGUCAGAGCCCACUUUCUCCAAGGCGCCCUCUCCGAGGAGGAGCUGGCCCGGCUGGGUGGGCAGGAAGUGGCUACCCUGAGCCCCACCGUACGUUGGGAGAUUCAUAACAUCAGUGGGAGGGUCUGGGUGCAGAACGCCAGCGUGGAUGUGGCUGACCUCCUCGCCACCAAUGGCGUCCUGCACGUCCUCAGCCAGGUCUUACUGCCUCCUCGAGAGGCUGUUCUGGGGGGGCGGGGCUUGCUGCAGCUGCUGGACUCCGUGCCUGCCUUCCGCCUCUUCCGGGACCUGCUCCAGCUCCACGGGCUGGUGCCCCAGAUUGAGGCUGCCACCGCCUACACCAUCUUUGUGCCCACAAACCGCUCUCUGGAGGCCCGGAGCAACAGCAGCAGCCUGGACACAGACACAGUACGACACCAUGUGGUCCUGGGGGAGGCGCUCUCUGCGGAAGCCGUGCAGAGGGGAGGCCACCGCCACUCCCUCCUGGGCCCUGCCCACUGGCUCGUCUUCUACAACCACAGUGGCCAGCCUGAGGUGAACCACGUGCUGCUGGAAGGCCCCGUGCUGGAGGCUCCUGGGGGCUCACUCUUCGGUCUGUCGGGGGUCCUGACGGUGGGUUCAAGUCGCUGCCUGCACAGCCACGCGGAGGCCCUGCGGGAGAAAUGUGUAAACUGCACCCGGAAGUUCCGCUGUGCUCAGGGCUUCCAGCUGCAGGACACCCCCAAGAAGAGUUGUGUCUACCGCUCCGGUUACUCCUUCUCUCGGGGCUGCUCUUACACGUGUGCCAAGAAGAUCCAGGUGCCUGACUGCUGCCCCGGCUACUUUGGUGCACUGUGUGAGCCGUGCCCGGGAGGCCUGGGUGGUGUGUGCUCGGGCCACGGGCAGUGCCAGGACAGGCUCCUGGGCAGUGGGGAGUGCCGCUGUCACGAGGGCUUCCAUGGGACCGCCUGUGAGACGUGUGAGCUGGGCCGCUAUGGGCCCAGCUGUGCUGGAGUGUGUGAGUGUGAGCACGGGCUGUGCCAGGAGGGGCUGCGAGGGGACGGCAGCUGUGUCUGUAACGUGGGCUGGCAGGGCCUUCGCUGUGACCAGAAAAUCACUGGCCCUCAGUGCCCAGAGAGGUGUGACCCCAAUGCCAACUGUGCACAGAACUUGGCAUCUGCCACCCCUGCCUGCGUCUGUGCCGCCGGGUACUCGGGUGAUGGCGUCCACUGCUCAGAGGUGGACCCCUGUGCCCGUGACCACGGGGGCUGCUCCCCUCAUGCCAACUGCACCAAGGUGGCACCUGGGCAGCGGACAUGCACCUGCCAGGAUGGCUAUGCGGGCGACGGGGAGCUGUGCCAGGAAAUCAACAGCUGUCUCACCUACCACGGGGGCUGCCACAUACAUGCUGUAUGUAUUCCCACAGGCCCCCAGCAGGUCUCCUGCAGCUGCCGAGAAGGUUACAGUGGGGACGGCAUCCGGACCUGCGAGCCUCUGGACCCCUGCUCCCAGAGUAACGGAGGCUGCAGCCCCUACGCCAUGUGCAAAAGUACGGGACCUGGCCAGCGGACCUGCAUCUGUGACGCAGCCCACACCGUGGGCGACGGCUUCACCUGCCGAGCCCGAGUCGGCCUGGAGCUCCUUCGGGACAGGCACGCCUCAUUCUUCAGCCUCCACCUCCUGGAAUACAAGGAGCUCAAGGGCAAGGGGCCUUUCACAGUCUUCGUGCCGCACGCGGACCUAAUGACGAAUCUGUCGCGGGAGGAGCUGGCCCGGAUCCGCGCCCAUCGCCAGCUCGUGUUCCGCUACCACGUGGUGGGCUGCCUGCAGCUGCGCAGCCAGGAGCUGCUGGAGGAGGGCUAUGCCACCGCGCUGUCCGGGCAGUCGCUGCGCUUCAGCGAGAGGGAGGGCAGCAUUUACAUCAAUGAUUACGCGCGCGUGGUGAGCAGCGACCACGAGGCGGUGAACGGCGUCCUGCACUUCAUCGACAGGGUCCUGCUGCCACCCGACGCACUGCACUGGGAGCCUGGCGCGGCCCCCGCUCCCCGGAGAAACGUCACCGCUGCAGCCGAGAGCUUUGGCUACAAGAGCUUCAGCCGCCUUGUGAGGGCGGCUGGUCUCCUGCCUCUGCUUCAAGACGCGUCCCACAGGCCCUUCACGAUGCUGUGGCCCACAGACUCUGCCCUGCAGGCCCUGCCGCCCGAGCGCCAGGCCUGGCUCUACCACGAGGACCACCGUGACAAGCUGGCAGCCAUUCUGCGGGGCCAUGUGAUCCGCAACACCGAGGCCUUGGCAUCUGACCUGCCCAACCUGGGCCCACUGCACACCAUGCAUGGGAACUCUGUCUCGUUCUCCUGCAGCCGUGCCCGGCCGGGUGAGCUAACGGUGGGUGAAGAUGGUGCCCGCGUUGUGCAGCGGCACCUGCCCUUUGAGGGUGGCCUGGCCUAUGGCAUAGACCAGCUGCUAGAGCCACCUGGCCUGGGUGCCCGCUGUGACACCUUUGAGGCUCGGCUGCUUCAACUGAAGCUGUGCAGCAUCUGUGGGCUGGAACCACCCUGUCCUGAGGGCUCACAGGAGCAGGGCAGCCCCAAGGCCUGCUGGCGCUACUCAAAGUUCUGGACAUCCCCUGCACUGUCCUCUGUGGCACUGCGUGGUGUUUGGGCCCAGCCUGGCUUGGGCAGGGGCUGCCAGCGCAACUGUGUCAGCAGCACCUGGAAGCCCGGCUGCUGCCCUGGUCACUAUGGCAGUGAGUGCCGGGCUUGCCCUGGCGGUGCCAGCAGCCCCUGCAGUGGCCAUGGCAUGUGUGUGGACGGCAUGAGUGGCAGCGGGCAGUGUCGGUGUCUUUCGGGGUUUGCUGGCUCAGCAUGUGAACUCUGCGCCCCGGGUGCCUUUGGGCCCCACUGCCAAGCCUGCCGCUGCACUGUGCAUGGCCACUGUGACCAGGGCCUUGGGGGCUCUGGCUCCUGCUUCUGUGAGGAGGGCUGGACUGGGCCACGCUGCGAGGUGCAGCUUGAGCUGCAGCCCGUGUGCUCCCCCGCCUGCGCGCCCCAGGCCGUGUGCCGAGCGGGUAACAGCUGCGAGUGCAGCCUGGGCUACGAAGGGGACGGCCGCACGUGCACAGUGGCGGACCUGUGUCAGGACGGGCGUGGAGGUUGCAGCGAGCAUGCCAACUGCAGCCAGAUAGGUACGGCGGUCAUCUGCGCGUGCCUGCCCGACUACGAGGGCGACGGCUGGAGUUGCCGGGCCCGUGACGCCUGCGCAGACGGCUACCGCGGGGGCUGCAGCGAGCACGCGGACUGCCUGAGCACCGGACCGAACACUCGGCGCUGUGCGUGCCGCACCGGCUAUGUGGGGGACGGGCUGCAGUGUGUGGAGGAGCCCGAGCCGCCCGUGGACCGCUGCUUGGGUCGACCCCGCCCCUGCCACGUGGACGCUGUGUGCACUGACCUGCACUUCCAGGAGAAGCGGGCUGGUGUCUUCCACGUCCAGGCUGCCGGUGCCCGCUACAGCCUCAACUUCUCCGAGGCCCGGGCUGCGUGUGGGGCCCAGGGAGCCGUCCUCGCUUCUCUCUCUCAGCUCUCUGCUGCCCAGCAGCUGGGCUUCCAUCUGUGCCUCGUGGGCUGGCUGGCCGACGGCUCAGCUGCGUACCCCAUCGUCUUCCCUGCGCCAGGCUGUGGCGAUGGGCGGGUGGGCAUCAUCAGCCUGGGUGUGCAGCAGGACCUGUCAGAGCGCUGGGAUGCCUACUGCUACCGCGAGCAAGAUGUGGCCUGCCAGUGCAGACGUGGCUUCGUGGGUGACGGGACCAGCGUGUGCAACGGAAAACUGCUUGAUGUGCUGGCUGCCACCGCCGACUUCUCUACCUUUUACGGGAUGCUGCUGCACUACGCCAACGCCACCCCACGGGGUCUCGACUUCCUGGACUUCCUGGACGAUGAGCUCACCUACAAGACACUCUUUGUCCCCGUCAACGAAGGCUUUGUGGACAACAUGACGCUAAGUGGCCCAGACCUGGAGCUGCACGCCUCCAGUGCCACUUUCCUCAGCACUAACGCCAGCCAGGGUACCUUGCUGCCUGCCCACUCGGGCCUCCGCCUUAUCAUCAGUGACGUGGGCCAUGACAACAGUUCUGGGGCCCCUGCGGUCCCAGGGGCAGUUGCGGUCAGCCAUGUCAUUGUGUGGGACAUCAUGGCCUCCAAUGGCAUCAUCCAUGCUCUGGCCAGCCCCCUCCUGGCACCCCUACAGCCUCGGGCGGUGGUGGCACUGGAGUCUCCAGCCAUGGCAGCAGGGGUGGGGGCCGUGGUGGCUGCUGGCGCACUGCUCAGCUUGGCGGCUGGAGCCCUCUAUCUCCGUGCCCGAGGCAAGGCCACAGGCUUCGGCUUCGCGGCCUUCCAGGUGGAAGAUGUUGCUGACGACGACUUCUCCCCGUGGCAGGAAGGGACCAGCCCCACGCUGGUCUCCGUCCCCAACCCCGUCUUUGGCACCCACGAUGACUUUUGUGAGCCCUUUGAUGACUCCCUGCUGGGGGACUUCCCCGACACCCAGAGGAUCCUUGCGGUCAAGUGACCCUGGAGCAGAGCGGAGGCGUGAGCAGGGGAGACUUUAUUGCCCACCCACACUGGCGGGCGCGGAGGCUGUGCUCGUCCUGACAAUAAAGGUGCCCUCAGCGGAUGUGGGCCAUGUCACCGA